UAGGAAAAAGGGUCCCUUACCGGUGCACGGCACGACCACACGACUUCGUCUGCCUAUUCGUCUCAUCAGCUCCGUGCGCGGCAGCCCUUUGCUACCAAUUUACCGCCUACAAAUGCGGCUCAUCGCCUUUGUAGAACUACUAUGACGAUAGAUGCACUGCACUGCUUGCCCGAAGCGUUUGAAGUCCACCUCACCGCUUUUUGCUCCUUAGUUUCUUAACCUCUGACAUGCCCUCUGCAUGCUUCUUCGCGCGUCUACUCCCGUCUUUAUUUGCUAUCGCCCUCAACCUUGCGGAAUCUCUUCAGGCCAAUAAUGGUGAAUCCCCAUGUAAUGAAUGGGGACGCUGCGCCCAGACGUGCAUUCAAAAUUGGAAAAAUCAAUCUCUUGUUGAAUGUGGUUGUGUUGAGGGCUUUCGCCUAGACACCAAUCGUGUUUCCUGUCUUCCAGUAGAUCCAUUAGCAUCGUACCUUUUGAUAACCACUAGUGUUGGUAUUCAGCAGUCAUUUGUGGAAUCGAAGGGUGAGAGCCACUUCUUGUACAAUAGCAACACUCUUGCUGUGGCCGUGGAUUUUCUGUUAAGUGGCCCCAAGACGACUGUAUUUUGGAGCGACAUAAACACGGAUCAAAUCAACGCAGGGGAAGUUGUGGAAGGAAGAUUGAAAGAUGUGCGCUCCCUCGUGACGGGUGGUCUGGAGUCAGUGGAGGGCCUGGCCGUGGACUGGAUUGCGUGCAAUCUCUACUGGGUGGAGAGCAGGCACCAAGAAAUAGAGGUUUCAAGGUGUGAUGGUUCCAUGCGGGCAUCGGUUGUGGGCGAUGUCCGCCGCCCUAGAGGCUUGGCGCUGGAUCCACGAGUGGGGUUCCUCUUUUGGACUGACUGGAAUGAUGAAAACCCACGAAUUGAGCGAAGCUACCUGGAUGGAAGCUCAAGAAAGGUGAUAGUUAAUGUGGAAGAGUACAGCAACCUGCCAAAAUCUUUGCCCAAUGGAAUCACACUGGAUUAUGCCGUCAAUAGAGUCUAUUGGAUUGAUGCUAGGUCUGGAUCAAUUCAUACUGUUAAAUAUGAUGGGACAAGUCAUAAGAAAAUUCUUCAUUUGUCAACAUUUUCUAAGCCUUUCUCUAUGGAUGUGUUUGGCGAUUACUUUUAUUGGACAGACAUCACAUUUUCUAGUAUAUUUAAGGCUCAUCGAUUUUCAUUGAAUGCCUCUCAGAAGGUGGUGGUCCACUCUAGUAACACACUCUAUCAGGCUACUAUUGUUCAUCCCUCUAGACAUCCUACAUACAAUACAACAAAUUAUUGUGCCUACAAGAAUGGCUUCUGCAGUCACCUGUGUGUUCUGGGAGAUGGUCAGCCUUUGUGUAUGUGUCCAUAUGGCCUGCAACUUGGUCCUGACAAGCGAACUUGUGAAGAUCAUGGACCUCUGGUUCUUUAUCAAGCAAAGAACACAAACAUUUUUUAUUUCGCCCUCGCAAGUGAUCCCUCUCGGUGGAUUUAUCCUCCCGUGAAGCUGCAUGCAACUGCAUUUGCCCUAACCUAUGAUAGCCAAAACCAAAUUUUGUACUGGAUUGAAGGGAGGAUGAUAAAAAGGCACAUGCUCAAGACCUACACCACAGAAAUAUUUGCAGAAUUUGGGUCCCUGGUGAAGUUGACUGCGCUAUCGCUCGACUGCUUAUCUGGCAACCUGUACAUCGGAAACUCUGUGCAGCUCAACAGCGAAAUUCGCAGCCAAAUCUCAGUGUGUGCAACAGGCGGCCGGUACUGCAGCAAUCUCAUCUGGGAUUCUGUGCGACAUGUCAGUGGUCUUGCAGUGGAUGCUGCAAACAGACUUGUUUUGUGGAUGGAACGAGAGCGUUCAUCUGCUGACCAGGACCUGAUGACUGUUAAAGCUGCACACCUGAAUGGUUCUUGCUACAAUUUCCCAAUUACAGCUGAUGUGAAGAUAAUAGUGAUUCCAGUGGCUGUGCUGCUUUCUGCAUUCCUGCUGAUGCUGGUGGUUGCUUGGGUGAAAAGGAGGCGUGCUUGGCAGUCCACUGCAGUCUCCCUCUCUUCUGAAGAGGCCAAUCCAGCCUUAGCGGCACGCAUGAUUGAUAGCCAGUAUGAAACUUCUUUCUCUGAUAAUGUGUUGUUGAUGGGGACUAACCUGGCUUUUGAAGACACCGAGCCAAGUCCUGGAAAUGGCAGCGUGCUCAUUCGCCUUGAAUCAUUGCCCAGAAAGCCCUUGACAACAAUUUUAAAGGGCACAUGGCUACACCCAAUGUGAUCGUCAUCCUCAUUGCCAUGGUGUUGUAGCAUCAAAGUUUCUGGGCUGCAGCUUUUGGACUGCCAUUGCCAUUCUACAAGCUAAAAUGGCUGUUGCUUAUUUCGGUGAAUCAUUGUCUUGUUGCUUUGUUCAUUCACCAUUUGUUGCUGUUCCUUUUACAACAAUGACAGUCGCGUACAAACAAGGUACAUGAAAGCAACAACACUGUCAAAAGUUUUUAUUUUUUAAGCUUAAUGUGAGCGAGCAGUUCUCACAUUGGACAAGCAGUUGUCAUUAUCAAUGGUGCCACUUUAUCUUGCUGUGGCAAGAUGAGGGGGAAAAGUCAUCAAGCCAAUCCAGGGCUGCAGCGUGAUUUUUCUGUAUUAACACAUCCAUCAUUAAAGUUAGCUGCUGUUGCUAGAAAAUAAUUGCAAGAAGCAUAAAUUUUCCAAGGCACAGCAUUUCAGAGUGAAAACAGGCAAGAAAGUUUUGGCGCAAAGCUAACUUGCCAGUGGUGAAGGAGAAAGGCGAUGUCCACAUUCAUGUGGGAUAACCUGUAAAAGUAAGGCAAGCCGACGUAUGAACUCUUUAGUCACUUUUUGUAGUCUCUUAAUAUUGUAUUUGAUUUGAACCAGGGACUGUGCACAUACCAGGGUUCUAUUUUGCCUUAAGGUACUGGUAGCAAUUAUAUGUUGGGCUGAUGCAAUAUGAACAUCAGAUUUGUGAGGUGAUGCCAUGUCUGGCCCUGCUAUACUUCCUGGAAGCUGUCUACUUUGGAAGGAAGUAGAAACUUGCCUAACAAUGAAAUAUAAAAUGAAAGUUACUUAUGAUUCACAAGUUAUUGAAAGUGACACAAUUUAGUCAUUUAUGUGGGUAAUUCGUCGUCUGUAUACUGUUUUCAAACCUGUUGUAUUUAGAUGAUGCAUCUUUAGAACAUAGCAUAUUAUUUCAUCUGAGGGAAUGAAGUGAAAUGCCUAUGAGCAUGUGUGCCCAUCCAUAAUGUGUGUGCAUGCACCUCAGUUUGUACAGCUGUCCGGUUUUCAGAAUGCAGAGGAUGCACUCAAUUGCUAUCUCAGCUCAUAAGAUUGCACAUAAGAUUGUGCAUAGGGUGCAAGUAUAUUCAGCUUUACGGUGGCUUCUGCAUUCUGAAAACUUGUGGGUGGCUGUACAUGGAGCAGCCAGUUACUGUCAACACACUUUACAUUUAAGUACUUAAACUUACCUAUUGGACAUUUUAACCAUUAUUUUCUAUAAUUUUUGCAUCUAUUAUGAAAAAAGCCAGCUACAGGAGGGCUAUGUUUAGAAUUUUGGGCGUGCUGAACUUCCUAUGUCAUGUUGAAAUUAAAUCUGGGUACUCUAUUUCAGUUCAUUUUGUAAAAGCUGUCCAAAAUUAUUCGUAUCAACUAUCUUUAAGCUAAAAUGUGAAAAUAAACGGUACAAUUGUAGUGUUAGCAUACACACAAGAUUGCUUGUAUAAAGAAAUGGCGAGCAGUGCUAAAUGACAAGUUGUGUUCAGUACCGUUGUGUACGAUUGCAAUUCCAGUGCAUGAACUGAGACACCUUUCGUUCAGGAAAAUUGAUCAAAAUUUUAUUCGCAGCUUUUUAGAGGUGUCUGUGGCAAGUCAUGAAAUGCAAGCAGUAAUUAUGGCUCCUCACCCUUUUUAUUGCUGAUCAUGUGAUGUGCUUUAUUUAGCGGUUCAAAACAUAGCUGUAGCUGCAUAUAGAGGUAGCUGAAGACUUGUGUUCUGUUUUUUGGAAACAGCAUGGGCCUUUUAUGAUGUCCUAAUAGUGAAAAAAAGAAAUGAGUGCUAAGGCUGCUGUUAAAUUUGUCAUGACUGGAAAAGAUGCAGUAUUGCUUUUGAAGUGCUGCAGAAGAGUGAAUUGUGGAGUCUCAAACAAGUGUGAGAAAUGAGGGCAUUAAUUCUGCCAUGAAGCAUCUCUAUUCUCUACUACCUGAUAUUUAUUAUUUACCAGCUUAUGCCAGUCAGCAUUUUUGGUCAUUUUUGGGCAAAUCAAGCCCUGACAAAUGCGAGCACUCAUUCUAAGAAAGAAUAGUGGAUUUUGUGCUUUUGUCAGGCCUUGACAACUUGCAUUUUUGAGCUUUCAUUUUUGUAGAUCUGUUGUAUACAAGAUGGUGUUCGUCUAGUACCUUGUUUUAUUCCCACAUCCGUGACCCUACCUUUUCAGUUCCAAAUGUUACAGAGGUAUGUCUAAGCAGAGUUUGAUAUCUUUGUUGUAGCUGCUGUACUGUAAUUUCAAAUUAUUUCCACAGAAAUAUACACUCUGCAGAAAA